AUGGGCCGUGGCAAAUUAAUACUGAUAGAAGGCUUAGAUAGAACCGGUAAGACUACGCAAUGCAAUAUUUUGUACAAAAAAUUGCAACCAAACUGUAAAUUACUAAAGUUCCCCGAAAGGUCUACACGGAUCGGAGGACUCAUAAACGAAUAUCUGACGGAUGAUGGUUUCCAACUAUCAGACCAGGCCAUUCACCUGCUGUUCUCGGCAAAUAGAUGGGAAAUGGUUGACGAGAUAAGAAAAGCUUUACUGGAAGGGAAGAACAUCGUCAUGGACAGAUACGUUUAUUCUGGAGUAGCAUAUUCCGCCGCUAAGGGAACAAAUGGAAUGGAUUUGAAUUGGUGCUUGCAACCCGAUAUAGGGUUGCUAAAGCCGGAUUUGACGUUAUUUUUAAGUACUCAAGAUGUCGACAAUAACGCUGAAAAAUGUGGAUUUGGCAACGAAAGAUACGAAACUGUUCAGUUUCAAGAAAAAGUGAAGCAAACCUUUAUAACACUAUUGGAAAACGAGAUGAGGAAAGGUGAUGAAUCGAUCAGGAUUGUGGACGUUAGUAAUAGGGGAAUUCAGGAAGUUGAAGCGCUUAUUUGGCAAAUGGUUGAGCCUGUUUUGACCACGCAUAUUGAUCAUGACAAAUUCUCAUUCUUUUAG